ACCACAUACAUUUGUAACUUGACCCUCCAACUCCACCAAGUCACAACCCGUCGUUUAUCUAACGAAGGGAACAAAGGCAAAUUGCUCUAAAUAAACAAAGAAAAUGUUUCUUUGUUCUAAGAGCGAUAUAAAUGGGACCCCCUGCGGUCAAAACUUGAAUAGAACCAUCUACACUUAUCAAAAAAGGAAACAAUUCUUUCUUAAAAGAUAUCAUAGCAAGAUAUCUGCUGUCUUGGAUUUUUGACCCACUUGUUGUUUGCUUGUAAAGCGUCGAAUUUCCUACUUUGGAGCUCAUCGACGAAGAGGUUUUGUGGAUUUAAUUUAUUUUUCGCCAAAACGCGUCGAAAGUAUUUUUUUUGUUUUGUUUACAUUUGAGCUUGAACUCGAGCUUACGAUUUAUGAAAGAAACAUUGUCUUAAUUCCCGUUGAAAAGCUUCUUGUCCUUCUGAGUAUUAAUAUUGAUUUAAUUAGCUCUGUUCUUUUUUGUUUUUUUUGCUUUUGACAAAAAGUUUUGUAUUUUCUUGCUAUUCUCUACUAUUUCGCAGCUAUAGGUUCCUUUACAACAGAAAUUUCACUCUUUUAAGGUUGCUUUUAUUUACUUAUUUUAUUUAUUAACUACAAUUGAAGCCAUGGCCAGCGUUACUUCUGCUAAUGCUAUUCUUGAAAAGAACAACCGCUCGACGAACAAUGCUCGUCGAAGCCCGCAUAUUCAUAAUCUUAAUUUUGAAUUACCAAGAGAUUACCAAAUGACAAGUCUUAUUGGACAGGGCGCUUAUGGUGUUGUCUGUUCUGCCGUUCACAAACCCACCGGUAUCAAGGUUGCGGUAAAAAAAAUCCAUCCUUUCAACCAUCCUGUCUUUACUCUGCGUACACUUCGCGAAAUACGCCUGUUACGCCACUUCCAUCAUGAAAACAUUAUUGCUAUCUUGGAUAUCCUUCCACCUCCUAGCUAUCAAGAGCUGGAAGAUGUCUACAUUGUGCAAGAGCUUAUGGAAACGGACUUGUACCGUGUCAUCCGCUCUCAACCUCUUAGCGAUGAUCAUUGCCAAUAUUUCACUUACCAAAUUCUCCGUGCUCUGAAGGCCAUGCAUAGCGCCGGCGUAGUGCAUCGUGACUUGAAGCCAUCGAAUCUUCUUUUGAAUGCUAACUGUGAUCUAAAAGUUGCAGAUUUUGGCCUUGCCCGUUCUACCGCAUUACAAGAGGGAAGUCCUGGAUUUAUGACAGAGUAUGUCGCUACUCGUUGGUACCGUGCUCCGGAAAUCAUGCUUAGUUUUCGCGACUACAGCAAAGCCAUUGACAUUUGGAGCACUGGCUGUAUCUUAGCUGAAAUGCUAGCUGCACGCCCCCUUUUCCCAGGGAAAGAUUAUCACAGUCAGAUCACGCUAAUUUUGAACGUUUUGGGAACACCAACGAUGGAUGAUUUCAACAGAAUACGCUCUGCGCGGGCUCGCAAAUACAUUCGUAGUCUGCCUUUCACCUCGAAGGUUCCGUUCAUAAACUUGUUUCCCCAUGCUUCUCCAGAAGCCAUUGAUUUGUUAGAGCGUAUGCUUACUUUUAAUCCUGAUAAGCGUAUAACUGCUGAGGAAGCUUUAGAGCAUCCGUAUGUAGCUGCUUAUCAUGAUCCAGAAGAUGAACCAAACGCACCUCCCAUGCCACCAAACCUCGUGGAUCUCUAUUGCAAGAAGGAGGAACUGGAAAUCCCCGUUCUGAAAGCUCUAAUUUAUCGCGAAGUCAAUUUCCGUUAAGAAAUAAAUGUUUUAUUCAUUAAUUAUUUAGAUCAUAUUCGUUUAUAUCUGACGCUAAACUGACUGGAUUAGGAGCCGACGAAACAAGGUUCGGCUCAAUACCAAGCUUUUGAAGAUAAUUUCCUGUGGUAGGACCUAUGGUUGCUAAUUUCCUUGAAAGAGACGCUAUUUGUGAGCAUAGUUGUGUUGGACUAAAGACAACGAUCCAGUCUAUUUCUGGGUGUUUUUCAAUGAUCUCUACAACUUGACUUUGACUUUGCUCGAGCUCUUGAGUUACGUACACCACCAGCUCUUCAAUGCGGGUUUUUCCUAAUUUUCUAGGAAUGAUGUCGCGAUGCUUUUCGCCUACUAAGAAGAGCAAAGGCUUAGAUUGACAAGUGGAUUGGUACCAUACUUGGAUGAGAUCAGCUAAAAUUUCACCACGUCCACAACCUCUACCAAAUGUUUGUUGAAACCCGAGUCUCCGAAUGCUAUCAUCUGUGGCCGGGCCCACUGUAAAAACUGGAAUCGAGCUUAAAAUUGUAUUUUGAGUAGAUUCGUCUAGCUGUUUCAACGCAGCACUAAGGGUUUCACUAACUCGUUGACUGGUCACAAUCAACCCACAAUAAUUGGACAAUAAUUGAGAAAGCCUGGUUUGUAGAAUGCUUUCAUUUACAGGUUGAUGCUGCAAAACCGCUAAGAAAAAAGUAUUUCGUUGGUAUUGUUUAAAUGCAUCUACAUAUGGAUCGACCGGGUUGGACUGGGUCUUUAGCAGCAAUACGGACUUCAUAGGUUGUUUUCAAAUGUAUGAAGGAGUAGUUUACUUUUUGUAACCAACGACGAAUAUGGAAGAAUUUUCAACUUGAGAAAUUCGUGCGCCAAGACGUUUACGAUAGAAAAGAAAGAAACCUUUGGGAAGUCUCUUUCCACAUCACUAUUAAGAAAUGAUUAUUUAUGAGAAUUGAUCUAUGGUAUAUAAAAGAAAAUUAGAUGACUAAAAUAAAAAAAGAAAUUGAAGCUAUCCUGAAUAAAAUGUACAUG